UUGGAAACCCUAUGGGGCAGUUCUACUCUGUCCUGUAGGGUUGCUAUGAGUUGGAAUUGACUCAGUGGCAAUGGGUUUCAUUUGUUUUUUUUUGGUAGAUGUGGGUGGGUAUAUGAACCCUUGAGCUGAGCUUAAUGUUCUAAUUGGUUAUAUAUCCUUUUAUUUUUCAGAAGUCUUUUAUUACCUAACUUAUACCGUUAAGCUAAGCAGGCAUAUGAUUUGCCCUGAGGUCCUGGAUCAGAUGAAUUUGAGUGAUUUGGUAUUGUGGUACUUAUUCCUUUGUGAUUUUUAUCUAUGAAAACUUUUCCUCUCCUUUUUGGCAGUAGAUCUUCACCUUCUUCAAAUAAGAUAUUUUCUGUCCAUUAAUAACUUUUCUAUAGUAUUUCUAACUCUGGUUAAAGACUGUGUACUUGACAGCUCUGAAACAACUGGGGAUAUUUGAAGAGAUAGAAAAAGCAGAGAUAAGUCAGAUAUCUUGAAUGUACAGGGUCCGUGUAUUUAUUGGUUGGAAUCCUGCAGCUGUUCCUGUAGUUGAGCCAAGUGUGUUUGGAUCACUUGAAUUAGAGGCCAGGAUUUGUCUGUAUUCUGGAUGGCCGGUUCUAGCUUUACCUUGUGUCUUUUGCCAGUUUGACCAAAAGUCCCCAUUCAGGCUAAAUUGUAUUUAGUCUGUUGUCUUUGUAAUAUGAAGUAUUUGGAACAGAAGCAGUAAAAUUUGCUGUCUUAUUUUUUUUAAAAGAGAAUAACCAGAUUUUGAGCUUAGGUUUUAGUUCUGCAUAGAAAAUUUUCAAAUUCAUUUUUUAAAAUUUACUUUUUGCCUCUAUAUGUGUAAAUAAGACUGUUGGUUUUUAGUUUAAAGGACUAUAUUCAACAAACAACAAAAAAGCAGUUUACAGAACCAUCACAGUGGAGGGAGUGUUUGAUUUUCUGUUUAUGAUAAGUAACUGGGACAUAUUACUUGUUACUUUUUAAGGUAUUUUUAUAUUACAGAAUUGGCUGUCAUUGGGCUGCGGAUGCACUUCAUGUCUUGCAUUAGGUGGCACCUUUAUAAUUUGUAAGAUAUUUCAAUGUUUUAUGUAAGUUAGGCAUAUCUAAGCCUUGUUAAGUAUAAUAAGAAGAUAGGUGUAUUUGUGUAGGAUUUUAUAGUUUAUACAUUUUCUCAUUUAAUCCUUGUAAAUACCUCUAAGACUCAGAGAAAUUAAGUUACCCAGAGUCAUACAGCUUCUAGGACUAGUUGAGGGCUCAGACAUAGUUCUUUUCACUUCAAGUCUACUUUAAAGCUCUACAAUACUGCUUUUGUUGUACUGAGUGUAUUUGUAAAGGCUGCUGCCAUUGCUUAAACGUUACAUCACUGCACGUUAACUCCAGAUUCAGGUUAGUUAUAAGGUCUCCAGCAUCCUUUCUGAGGAGCUUGUAGAACUAUUUUUGUCUGUAGAAUUCAUUUUUAAAAAUUCUUAAAGUAUUCUUGAAGUUUGUUUUAACCUUUUUGUUUUUUUAAACUUCUGUGAACCUUGAAAGAAUAAACUGACAUUGGGAAGGGUGAUUUCUGAAGAGGCCGAGGGAUGGGGAAAAUUAACACUAGAGAGACUGUUGCAUUACCAAUGGAAAAUACAAACUAUACCAGUUAUAUUGAUUAGUGCCUUCGUUUUAGACCUUUUUUAUGCUUAAAGAAAAUGUUGAGUAAGAUUCUGGCAAUUGUUACCACAGUUUACUCGAGUAUUUUUAGGACCUGUGAAAAUACGGUACUGGCAGGAACCGAUAUUAUUCUCUCUUUAUCUGUCUCCUGUAAAGAAUAAAACAGAUACCUUCUGUAUAUCUGUUCUUGUCCUCUUUUCUUUUUAAGUGUAACUAUUAUAUUUUCAUCUUUAAUGCCAUAAGGAGGUAGCUAGAUCUUGUGUACAAUAACAGACACCGAAACAUGAAGAAUCUUGGUUAAACAUGAAGAAGGAUUACAGACAGAGAACGAGUAAUAUAAAACUAAAACGUCCGGUGCUCUUCAAACAGAAUCCUAGGCACAAUUGCUGCUAUAAUGUAUUGCUAAGGGAGUAUAUGAAAUUUCCUCCUCUGAAGGUCCUUACAAUGAGACGGUUUAAGCGGAAGCAUCUUACAGCCAUCGAUUGCCAACAUUUGGCUCGGAGUCACUUGGCUGUGACCCAGCUCUCCAGUCAAAGAUGGACAAACAGAGAUCCGAACCAUGGUCUCUAUCCUAGACCCAGAACAAAAAGAGGGAGUAGGGGUCAAGGACGUCAAAGAUAUAUCACUGAAUUCUUCCUAGCUGGCCGGCGGCAGUGCACCAAUGACAUGGCCAAAAGCAGUUCUGUUGGCAAGGACAACUAUAAGGACUCUGAGGGUGAAAUGAUCUUUCCUGCAGAGGGCAAUUAUGCCUUGCCUCAGGAAGGUGAUGGGGAAGCUAGAUUGGGCUCUUCAGAAUCUACUCUGCCUUCAAGGAAGCGGUCCCGGUCAUUUGAGGAAGACAGUAAUCAAGCUACAGGGACCAGCCAGUGGGAUGGGGUUUCUAAGAAAACCCCAAGGCAUCAUUUUUCCCUGUCAUGCACAAGGCCUAGAGAAGUUAGGCAAGAAGCAGAGGACUAUUUGUCACAGCUCUCUACAGAGUCUGGAGAAACUAACCAAGAAAUUGAGGACAUUGGUCCUGAUUCCAUUCCUGAUACAUACUAUGGGCUUCUUGGAACUUUGACCUGUCAAGAACCCCCGAGCCUCAUUUGUAGUCUGCCUAGUGAAGUCCUGAGGCAUAUCUUUGCUUUCCUCCCUGUGGAAGAUCUCUAUUGGAAUCUGAGCUUGGUUUGCCACCUUUGGAAGGAGAUAAUUAGUGAUCCACUGUUCAUUCCUUGGAAAAAGCUAUAUUAUCGAUACCUGAUGAAUGAAGAGCAAGCUGUCAGCAAAGUGGAUAGCAUCCUCUUAAACUAUGGCAUAGAAAAGGAGUCAGAGUUGUGUGUGCUGAACCUCAUACGAUACACAGCUACCACUAAAUGCUCCCCGAGUGUAAAUCCUGAACGGGUGUUGUGGAGCCUGAGGGAUCAUCCCCUCCUUCCUGAGGCAGAGGCAUGCGUGCGUCAACACCUGCCUGAUCUGUUUAUUGCUGCUGGGGGUGUCAAUGUGUGGGCUUUGGUAGCAGCCAUUGUUCUCCUCUCCAGCAAUGUGAAUGACAUACAGCAGCUACUCUUCUGCCUCCGGAGACCUAGUUCCACAGUGACCAUGCCAGACAUCACUGAGACCUUAUACUGCAUAGCUGUGCUUCUCUACGCCAUGAGGGAGAAGGGAAUUAACAUCAGCAAUAGGAUUCACUACAACAUUUUCUAUUGCCUGUAUCUUCAGGAGAAUUCCUGUACUCAGAUCACAAAAGUUAAAGAGGAACCAUCUGUUUGGCCAGGCAAGAAAACAACUAUCCAGCUUACAAAUGAACAACAGCUGAUUCUGAAUCAUAAGAUGGAACCUCUCCAGGUCGUAAAAAUUAUGGCAUUUGCAGGCACUGGGAAGACCUCUACUCUGGUCAAGUACGCUGAGAAGUGGUCUGAGAGCAGGUUUCUGUAUGUGACCUUCAACAAGAGCAUCGCAAAGCAGGCUGAGCUUGUCUUCCCCAGCAAUGUCAUCUGCAAAACCUUUCAUUCCAUGGCCUAUGGACAUGUCGGGCGGAAGUACCAAUCAAAGAAGAAAUUGAAUCUCUUCAAGUUAACACCCUUCAUGGUCAAUUCUGUCCUUGCUGAAGGGAAAGGCGGAUUCAUAAGGGCCAAGCUAGUAUGCAAGACUUUAGAAAACUUCUUUGCCUCUGCUGAUGAAGAACUAACUAUUGAUCAUGUGCCUAUUUGGUGUAAGAAUAGCCAAGGCCAGAGAGUCAUGGUUGAACAGAGUGAAAAGCUGAAUGGUGUCCUUGAAGCGAGCAGACUUUGGGAUAACAUGCGGAAGCUGGGGGAAUGUAAAGAAGAGGCUUACCAAAUGACUCAUGAUGGCUAUUUGAAACUCUGGCAGCUGAGCAAGCCUUUGCUUGCCUCUUUUGACGCCAUCUUUGUGGAUGAGGCCCAGGACUGUACCCCAGCUAUCAUGAAUAUAGUUCUGUCUCAGCCGUGUGGAAAAAUCUUUGUAGGGGACCCACACCAACAGAUCUAUACCUUCCGUGGUGCAGUCAAUGCUCUAUUUACAGUCCCACAUACUCACGUCUUCUAUCUGACCCAGAGUUUUAGAUUUGGUGUGGAAAUAGCUUAUGUGGGAGCUACUAUCUUGGAUGUCUGCAAGAGAGUAAGGAGAAAGACUUUGGUCGGAGGAAACCAUCAGAGUGGCAUUAGAGGUGAUACAAAAGGGCAAGUGGCCCUGUUGUCCCGGACAAAUGCCAAUGUGUUUGAUGAGGCUGUGCGGGUGACUGAAGGAGAAGUACCUUCAAAGAUACAUUUGAUUGGGGGGAUUAAAUCAUUUGGAUUGGACAGAAUCAUUGAUAUUUGGAUCCUUCUUCAGCCAGAGGAAGAGCGGAAGAAACAAAACCUCAUUAUUAAAGACAAAUUUAUUAGAAGAUGGGUGCACAAAGAAGGCUUUAGUGGCUUGAAGAGGUAUGUGACUGCUGCCGAGGAUAAGGAGCUUGAAGCAAAGAUUGCAGUGGUUGAAAAGUAUAAUAUCAGGAUUCCAGAACUGGUGGAAAGAAUAGGAAAAUGCCAUAUAGAAGAUUUGGACUUUGCAGAGUCAUUUUCUGAGGAUGAAUGGAAUUUACUGUAUGUUGCAGUAACUCGUGCCAAGAAGCGUCUCAUCAUGACCAAAUCACUGGAAAACAUUUUGACUUUGGCUGGGGAGUACUUCUUACAAGCAGAGCUGACAAGUAAUGUUUUAAAAACAGGAGUGGUUCGCUGCUGUGUGGGGCAGUGCAACAAUGCCAUUCCUGUAGACACUGCCCUCACAAUGAAGAAACUCCCCAUCACUUAUAGCAACAGGAAGGAAAACAAAGGUGGCUACCUUUGCCACUCCUGUGCAGAACAGCGUAUCGGGCCUUUGACUUUCCUGACUGCCUCCCCGGAGCGGGUGCACUCCAUGGAUCGCACCAUUGAAAAUAUAGUGCUGCCCAGACAUGAAGCCCUGCUCUUCCUUGUCUUCUAAAGCCAAGAUAAGCAGUCUGCAUGGUACAAAAUGCCUUGCUGUGGACUCCAAGUACUCGAAGAAAGCCUGUGUGGAGUAGGGUUCUCAUUCACCUGAGACUCUGAAUUCAUUCACAGAACAUUUUUCGAGGAAGAAGAAACCAACCAGAGUUGGAUCUGCCAUUUCUCCAUUCCUUAUAAGUAGCCAGUUUCCACUUGCCCACCCUCCAUAUGCACCAGGUUGGGGAAGUGGGGAAUGUUUUUUUGAUAAAAAAAAAAAAAAAAAAUUUAUGUAUUUAAACUUUUACUACAAGGUUUCAAUUAAACAGGCAUUAUAGCUCUGGCAUACCACUCUGUGAUGCUUGGCUUCAGCACUGUUGUUUUUGAGCUUUCUCUUUUUCCUUUUACUCUUUUGAUCAGCUCUGUCACUAUUCACAUGAUACACCAAGCAGAGUAUGACUUAAUCUCUAGGGUGAUAAUUGAGGUAUCAAAAAUGAGAUUUUAGUGCCAUGGGGGGUCAUGAGUGUCGGGGUACACAGUUUAAACAGAGACAGAUAACAUAAUACAUAAAAAGACAAGUACAAAGUAACAGUAACUAACUAGCCUUCUCAUUUUUCCUACAGGUAGAACUGAAAAUCAGAAAUACUAGAGAGAGGAAAUGGAGUUGGGCAGCCACUAUGAAAGGAAAGAGGGGAAUAGGUCGGGGAGAGAUGGGAAGGUGGUAGCUGGUUCACUGUGCCUGGGGAUGUGGGAUUGAUGUAAUAAAGCUACUCCUAUAGAAACCACCGAUGAAAAAUCCGUAUCACUUAGAUGUAUAUGGACCUGAUAGUUUUACAUUUUUGCCAUACAGCAGUUUAGGGAAUGCUGGUGGCAAGUAGAGGAGUGGACACAGCAUCGGACCUGUCUUGGAUUAUGACCCAAGGAAUUUGCCACGUUUUGUAUCUGAGCUGAAUUGAGCAGAGCCCAAGAGUAGACAUUAUAACUUCACUUGUUACAGUCUCCCUCUUUACCCCUCCUAGACCAGGGCUGUAGUGGAGCAUAGAAUGUGGGUCAGGUGAUUAAAGCAAGGAUGGUGUUGGAUUAGGCAGGUGUGGAUUGGGCCAGGGGUGCUUGGAAAAGGUGGAAUUCCAAAGAGUGUUUGUAUAUUGAGGAGAAUUCACAGAAUUGGACCUGAAGACAGUUAAGCUGCUUUAAUGAAAAAAGGAGAGGUUAUUUCAUUCACUCAGACCUAGCCUUAUCUGAUACUUAUAGAUAACUUAGAAUAAAAGAGAAGGAGAAAAGAAAAUUAUUUCAGUUUAGAUUAAUCAUAGUAUUCAGUGUCCUUCAAAAGAGGGAUUUUGGGAAAGAGGUGUCAAGAGAGGGAUCCAUUAACAUGUUUUCCAGAAAUCUGGUUUUGUGAAUCAGAGAGGAAGCAAUUUAUUUAUUGGAAGGGAAUUCAUUCAUUCAGUGAACCUUCAUUAAGCACCUGUUACGUAGCAGGUACCAUGUUAGAUCGUGGAUAUACAGAGUCAAAACAUGGCCCCUGACCUCAAGAAGAUUACAAUUUAAUAAGUAUGAUUAUAUUUUGAGGUGAAAGUUUUGAGAGAGGUAUACGUGAGUGCUCUAGGAAUAGAGGAAGGAUCUAUCAGGGAGCCCUCGUGGUGGAAUGGUUAAGAGCUUGGCUACUAACCUAAAGGUUGGCAGUUCACAUCCACCAACCACUCCUUGGAAACCCUAUGGUGCAAUUCUACUCUGUCCUAUAGGGUUGCUAUGAGUCAGAAUCGACUCGAUGGCAACGGGUUUGGUUUUUCUGGAUCUCUAUCAGAGCAGAGAGAUGCAUGGCUUCCCAAAGGAGGUGAUGCUUGAACUGUGUUUAAUAAUACUAGUAGUUUGUUAACUAUUAAGAGAGUGAAGGAAUGUUCUAGGAAGAAGGAACAACAUGAAAAAAAAAAAAAGAAUGUAUUUGGUAAUAGCACUACCAGAGCAAAAAGUACUGGUAUUUUGGUAUUUAUUUUGAAAAUACCAGAUUAUAGGAAUUAAUACUGGUAUUUCAUUUUUUAAAUGUGAAUACUUUUUAAAAAUCAGUGAAAUGAAAUAUUUGGUGUGUUUCAAAUAGUAAAGCAAUUUUUAAAAUACCCAGUAAAAAUAUAAACUUUUAAAUUAAAUCUUAAAUAUCUGUUACAUUUUAAUGGUUAGAUGAAAAGAAUGAAAGUAUUACUCAAAACUAUAAACUAAACAUUACAUGAAAAUGAAAAUCUAUUAGAUCUUUUAAAGGUACAGCUUUAAAAUAAAAGGCAUCAGAGUGUUUAUUUAGUUGUGAAUGUAUUUUUGUGCAAAAUUUUCUGUAGAGUUUUUUUUUUUUUUAAACCACAUUAAUUGGGAGAAUAAUAUAAGCUAGUACCAAAUAUUUUUCUCUGAUUUAUUAAUUUUUGAAUAAUCCUGUUAUUUGAUAACUGAGAGGAAAUCUUUUUGAAUUAUUUUAAAAAUAUGCAUUCUGUUGAUACCAAGCUCUAGGUUUUGUUUCAAAGAAAGCAUUUUUGAUUUGUCUCCAUCUUCUUUGAUUUUACCAUGUAUGUAGAGAUUCUGAUGCAGCGUUACCCAUAUAAAAAUAAAUGCUGUUAUGUCACAUUCGACUUGUUUAGAAAGGAUUUGAAAUAAAAAUUAUUCUUUCAAUAGAAAUGUUACAGUACCCUAGUAUAUUGUAAACUGUGCAUCAGUUUGUCUUCACAUAAAUUAUUUUAAAGAUAUAAAUGUUUCAGAUUCUAGAUUUUUUUUUUUUUUAGUAAUGAGAUAAUGGUAUUACAUCAACCAAAAUACUGACAUUCUGUGACAUUUAAAGUAUCUAUAUACCAAAGGUAUGAAAUGCUUGGGGAAAUAAGGGACAUGUAUAUGGCUAGAGCAGAGUAUGUAUACAGAAGUGGCAACCCUGAGAGAGGACCAGAUAAUAAAGGACCUUCCAUGCUAGGCCAAGAAAUUUGAGUGUUAUUCUGAAAAAUUACAGGAAAUCAUUGAAAGCUUUUAAGAUACCAGAUUUUCUUUUUAGGAAGAUUAUUCCAGUUGCAGUUCAAAGGAUGUUAUAAUAAGGUUAGAUAAAUUAAGGACUAAUGGUUGUAAUCUCAGCAGGAAUGAUAGCCUUUGGGCUGAGUCAAGGCCGUUGAAAUGGGACUGGUGAGGAGAGAGGAUGAAUACAGAUGAGCAGCAUUAACAUCACCUGGUGUCUUAUUUAUCUAGUGUUACUACUACAGAAAUACCACAAGUGGAUGGCUUUAACAAAGAAAUUU